UCUGUCGUCUCUCUCUCCCUCUCCCUCUCUCUGUUUCAGUUCUUCUCCCAUUCUCCAAGCAAAGCUCUCAACUUUUAUAUAUUCUCCCACCCGCCUUUCCCUUCUGUCUCUCUCUCUCUCUCUCUGUUGCUCUGUUCUCAUCUGGGUUUCUGCGCAUUCACUGGUUGAGAUCUGCUCUGCUUCAAGAAAUGGGCUUCCCCCAAGAUUCCUCCCCUUCGGGUCACUACCUCGACCAUAAUGAGUUCCAAAUCAAACCUUUUCUCAAGAAGAUGAUUCGGGAUUUGGGGCUCUCGUGCUUCUUCCCCCCCGACAAGCAGAACGAAGAUCAGACGACUGAGAGGGAGAGUCCCAAUUCGGAGAACAACAGAGCUUGGUUGCUGGCAGAGACUGCCGCUGCCGGUGGGGGAGGAGCAGAGCUGAACAGUGCCGACCCGCAGUCCGUACACUCGUCCUUCCGGUUUAAUGUCGUCGAGCUGGACUCGCUUGGCAUGAACCUCCCCGGCGCUUCGGCUACGGUGCUGAUGGUGAACUUGGAGAGUGGGUUGGACGACACAGGUGCCCAGGAGCUCCAGUGGAGGAGGAUUGAGUCUCUGGAGAAGAACAUUUCACCUGUUACCAGCACUUUGAUUAGAUUCAGCUAUUCAGAGGUCGUCUCUGCAACCAGCCAUUUCUCCAAAGGCAGAGUUCUAGGAAGGGGGGCUUUGAGCUGUGUAUUUAGAGGCAAAAUCGGGUUUAGGCGAAUGUCGGUGGCUAUAAAGCGAUUGGACAAGGAAGACAAGGAGGCUCCGAAGUCAUUCUGUAGGGAGCUGAUGAUUGCUAGCUCUCUUCACAAUCCUAACAUAGUACCUUUACUGGGCUUCUGCAUAGAUCCCGAGGAAGGCCUGUUCCUAGUGUACAAGUAUGUUUCUGGUGGGAGCUUAGAGCGGCAUCUGCACGAUAGGAAGAAAGGAAAAAGGACUCAUGCACCGCUUCCAUGGUCGGUGAGGUAUAAAGUUGCCAUCGGUAUCGGAGAGGCCAUAAGGUACCUCCAUAAUGGAACUGAGAGAUGUGUUGUUCACAGGGACAUUAAGCCUUCGAAUAUUCUCCUGUCCUCCAAGAAAAAGCCUAAGUUAUGUGAUUUUGGGUUAGCGUCAUGGACUUCUGGACCAUCAGUCCCUUUCCUCUGCAAGACUGUCAAAGGAACCUUUGGCUAUCUGGCGCCUGAGUAUUUCCAGCAUGGUAAAGUUUCUGAUAAAACUGAUGUCUAUGCAUUCGGAGUCGUUCUUUUGGAGCUGUUAACUGGGCGGAAACCCAUCGAAGCAAAAAGGCCAGCAGGAGAGGAGAACUUGGUCCAGUGGGCAAAACCCCUCCUGCAGAAAGGAGCAGAAGCAGUUCAAGAUCUGCUCGAUCCACGGCUCAAAUGCCAUCUGAGAAAUGCCCGCCAAAUCUUACGAAUGAUCCAGGCCGCAGAAGCUUGUGUAAACAGUGAAGAAUUUCGGAGGCCUGCUAUUGACAAAAUUGUUGCCAUUCUUCGAGGAAUAGACGAUGAAGAAGAAGGAAGCGGUUUCUUUAGUAGGAAGAGUUCCUCCUUUUCUGUGAAUGGGUGCGUUCUCGAUUGUUAUUCCCAAUCGCAGCGGAAGUCUGAGUUCAACAGUCACUUGGCUUUAGCGAUGCUGGGAGUUUCAGAAUUCGAGGACUAUGAGCACCUCUUCUGUCGAUGAAAUCUAUGACAUCGCGCUUUUCCCCGAUGUUUUUGAUUCUGUCUCUCGAAGAGAUAUGAGUAGAGAUUGGAAAUGGAAGAGGGGUAGAUACCAACUGUAUAUAGCUGAGUUAUAGGUUGACUGUCUGUACAUACGGUCAUCACUACUCUGUAUUCACCAUUGCCUCUUCUCUGAGAGAACAGAUUCUUUGUCUCCAAUUCUACAUUCAAAUGCAUCUUUAUGUAUAAAAUUUUACGUCCUAGCAGUUCAACUCAA